GCCUUCGCAGCGCUUUGCUGCUCGGGCCUAAUUACUUGCAUGUCUGUUUCAGUCUAAUUUAUUGAGAGAAUAGGUCUUAUAAAACCUAUUAUUGCCAUGUGUUAUUAUACUUUUGGCCAGUGGAGGUGCUAUUGGACGAAUGGAGCUAUCUGAAAACAACACUGACAUACAGAAGAAGUAGCUCGUUAAGUUUUUAAAUGCCGUCUUUUGCUAGUAUUAAUGCUUGUCUCUAUAUGCGCAUUUUUGCCUUAGGAACGUAUUAUGUGUUUGUGUUUUAAACACUUUAGUGGAGGUUAAUUUAAAUUGCUCAUUUUAUUGGGUGUUUAGCAUCGGGCUAACCUGCUUAUCUUUGUCUGCUUCGGUUAAUUCUUCUUCUGCUGCUGAUAUUUUGGGGUUACUUCCUCCUCCAUCCGCAGAGGGCUUCAUGUUGAAGCACCUACCCGCUGCCUGCGCUCUGCUCCCCCGCUGCCUCCUCACUUCCUCUCCGCGUACCUUUAGCAGAUCCAGCCGCCUUCUCGGUCGGAUGGAGGCGGCCGUGGUGCGGUGCCUUCCCGGGGAGCCGAAGCUCACCAUCUCCUUCUGCCUGGAGGACAGUCAAAAACACAUGCUGCGGGACCAGAACGAGGCGCUGGGGAAGGUCCUGACUCGGAUCUCCAACACCAUCGCCAAGAACCAGGCAAAGGCGAAAAAGUCAAAGAAGAAGCUGGAUCAGCAGCCGAGCGAGGCUGCGGAAACCGCCGUGGUGAAGCUGUUCUUCAAGGGGGACGAGGUUCCCGACACGCUGCCAAACUGCGAGGCUUGGCAGGACGGAGCGGUGCUGCAGGUGGGAGAAGUUCAAUACAAUGUUCAGAGGAACGCUCCCACUUUCACCACAGCUGAGCUCCCAGUAUCCCUCAUGGCAGGAUUUCCAGUCUGCCCCAAGCUGCAGGUGGAGUUUGGGAACCUCCAGGACUGCGAGUAUAUGUGGUUCAAAGAAAACUCAACUAAUACUAGUCCUAAAGAUUCUCCGGCUCCGGAAGGUGGAUGGACGCAGGUCGGAUGCGAGCGAGUUCUCGUCCCGUCCAAUCAGGACAUCGGCUGCAGGCUCAAGCUGCGCUGCACUCCCAAAGAUGGCAGCCGCACCGGCCAGGCCAAAGAACUGGUCUCCGUGGCAACAGUGGAGGCGGGACCGGGCGUGUGCACGUUCGACAACCGCCACGCGUACACGCUGAGGGCCGCGGCGUGGCCGGCGCUCAGGGUGGUGUCCUACAACAUCCUGGCCGACGUCUACGCCCAAACGGAUCUGUCCAAGACGGUGCUGUACCCGUACUGCGCCCCCUACGCCCUGCAGCUGGACUACCGGCAGAACUUGGUCAAGAAGGAGCUGGCGGGCUACAACGCUGACAUCAUCUGCCUGCAGGAAGUGGAUAAAGGCGUGUUUGUGGACAGUCUGACUCCGGCGCUGGAUGCUUUCGGUCUGGACGGCGUUUUCAGGCUCAAAGAGAAGCAGCAUGAAGGACUGGCUACGUUCUACUGCAGGUCAAAGUUUCGUCUGCUCAGCCGUCAUGACAUCAUGCUGAGCGAGGCCCUGACCUCUGACCCCUUACACUCUGAGCUGCUGGAGAAGCUUUCUGCGAACAGCGGCCUGAAGGACAGGAUCCUGCAGAGGUCCACAGCACUGCAGGUCUCCGUGCUCCAAGACCUCGGCAACCCAGAGAGGAAGGUGUGUGUGGCCAACACUCACCUGUACUGGCACCCAAAAGGCGGGAAUGUUCGCCUGGUCCAGAUGGGCGUGGCUCUGCAGCACCUGAGCCAGGUGAUCGCUGACGUUGCACCUGGAGCUCCGCUGGUCUUCUGUGGUGACCUCAACUCCUCUCCAGGCUCAGGUGUGGUCCAGCUGCUCAGCGAGGCGGCGGUUCCUCCGCAGCACGCGGACUGGAGCAGCUCGGGUCCGGAAGAGUCCUGCUGCAUGCCGCUGAGCUCCACCUUCCCGCCGCUGCAGAGUGCCUGCGGGCAGCCGGCCUACACCAACUAUGUGGGAGGAUUUCACGGCUGCCUGGACUACAUCUUCAUCCAGCCGCAGAGCAUGCAGGUGGAGCAGGUGAUUCCUCUGCCCAGCCACCAGGAGGUCACCACCCACAAGGCUCUGCCCAGCGUGGCUCACCCCUCCGACCACAUCGCGCUGGUUUGCGACCUCCUAUGGAACUAGUGACCUCUGACCUUUUCAUUAAGAUGCUUUAAGUUCCUCCUGCAGACGAACACAAGGUUGCCUUUGUGAGACGUUGCUUCCCCAGAGAUCUGUUGGACGCUACAGACUCAUGAAGUUGUUGUGGUUCAGUUCAUUUUACAGUUAUUUCAUUGCCAGCACUGAUAUUCAGCGCUCAUUUUAAAUUUAAAGCACUACGAAGAUUAUUUUACUUCGCAAGUAUCCAACAGACUGAGUUACUGUUGACACUUCUGGACAGAGUUAAAGGGAAAGAUUUAAGAUAUUAAUUGUUUACCAUUAGAUUAUUAUUAUUGUUAAUGAAGCCUACUGCUGUUGCUCUGUGAAGUUCAGAUUAGGGCUGGGCGAUAAAUCGAUGUUAUCAAUUAAUUGGAUUUUGAAGUUUACAUUUUUGGAAAAUGUGGAUUUUUUUCUUACCAAUGCGAUCUUUGGGUUUCCAUAGUUCAGCAUGAUGUCAGGGCGGCCAUAUUGCAUGUUGUACAGCUCUAUUACAAAAUAUUAGGGUCAGGCUGUGAUUUUUUUUUUAUUAGGAAAAUAGUCAGUUUUACAAACCUGCAGUCAUACAACAAUAGUCAAAAUAAUGCAAAAAUAAGGUAGUAAUUAAUAGUGUUAAAUAAUCUUUUAACACAUUAACAUGAAAUUAUUUUCACAAUCUGAGCAGCUCAUGUCCAAUUCUGAAAACUAUCUGAGCUUUUUUCUCAUUAAAACAACUUUUUUUUCUCUUCAUUAGAAGAUGUUUUUCUGAUAAAAUUGCAUUUUUAUUUUGCUAAUGUUGCGCUAACCUGGCCCUAAUACCCCAUCAUUCAACUCACAGAAGGGAUGAUUGAAACAAAAGACACUUUUUAGAAAUACUUUCAUCCUGUGUAAUUAAUUAAGAAAUCAGGUCUGGUAUGAAAGAAUCUGGAUCUUUAUUUUUAAGCCGUAUUGCCCAGCCCUGGUGCAGAUUGACACAUUCAGCUCAAACUCCUAAAUCUUCAUUUUGAUGUUUCCUAAACUCCUUUAGAAGAAACAGCUACACGUUGUCAUGUUGGAACCAUGAAAAAACAAUGUUUAAUUGGGAAUUUAUGCUAUAAACCAGCACAAAGUGGUACGACUGCACAGUGGAAGGAAAACCAAACUUGCUUUCCUUCAAAUACCUCUACGAUGAACUGUAAAUGGGAAUUAAUGUCCUUAUAUUGUAACUCAGAAUAAACUGCUCAAGUCUC